UCAGGCGAUAGAGAUGACCUGCUCCCACUGCAAGGUGACCAUGUUGAAGGGCCAAACAGCUUACCAGAAGAAAGGAUUCACGGACGUCUUCUGCUCCAAAAACUGCUUAUUUGAAAUGUUUCCCAUCAACAAACCAGUGCCCAAGACCUGUCAUCACUGUCACAAGGCGAUAUCGCAGCCUCUGGACCUCAUCAUGGCUGCAGUGGACGUUAAGGGCACUAUGAAGGACUUCUGCAGUGUGACCUGCCUAACCUCUUUUAAGUCCCCCCCACAGUCGAGCUGCAGCAUGUGCAACAAAUCCUGCACUACCACAUGUGAGUUGACCCUGAACAAGGCUGUUCACAAGUUUUGCAGCGACUCCUGCUUAGAAAAUUUCCGCAGGGACAACGUGGGCGUCUGUGAGAACUGCAGCUCCUCCUGCUACAAACCGCUCAUGCUGAUGCUGGAGGAAGAGACCAAAACGAUCUGCAAGGAAGAAUGUCUGGAGGAGUUCAAAGAGAAAAUCCAGACGCCCCACCAGUGCACCAUGUGUCAAACUUCUCGACCGAUGUCGGAAAUGGUUCAUCAUAAAAGUGAUGAGAACACAGUGGAGCUUUUCUGCACUCGUACCUGUGUGACGUCUUACACAUUACGGCCCGCAAUCGUAUACAAACUUCAAGGAAAGAAAGGCUCAGAUGGGUUGAAGAAGAAGAAAUACAAGCAAUCAAAUGCGACAUUGAUUAUUAAGGAUGCAAAGACCACUUCAGACUCCGCUGUAAAUGAAAAUGACGCAUCUGCCGCUGAUUCGGACACACCAACUCUGAUCAUUACAGACUCGUGCGUUCUCUGUUGCCACUGUGGAAAGAAACUGCCGAAAGGACAGACUCUUUACCAGCCGCAGAACUCCCCGGAGGUUUUUUGCUCAUCCUCUUGCCUCUCUGAAAGGCAUCCCAGCAUCAAAGUAGCCACCAAGAACUGCUACAACUGCUUUCAGGUGAUAAUGCGGCCUCACAACAUAAUCCUCGCACCGGUUGAUGAUUCGGGAACUAUGAAGGAAUUAUGCAGCAACACCUGCCUCUCUUCUGUCAACUCCAAGAGGAAAAUUACUGCCCCAAAACCCCCACCUCUAACAGGACCUCGGUCAGAGUGCAGGAUGUGCGCCAAAUUCUGCUUGUGCAAAUUCAAGCUGAACCUGGAUGGCUUAAUGUACAGAAUAUGCAGCGACGCCUGCUUCAUCAACUACCACAAAGUCAACAACUUGCCCCUGUUUGCUUGUGACGUCUGCAGCUCCGUCUGCCACGACAAACGGUUCAUGCUGAAGAUGGAUGACGCCAGUAAAACCAUCUGCAGUGCAGAAUGUCUGGUCAAGUUCAAAGAGAAAAUUGAGACACCUCAGCUGUGCCCAAUGUGCCAGACGUCCCAUCAGAUGUCAGACAUGGUUGAAAAUGAAAACGACGAGGGCAGUUUGGACUUCUUCUGUAGCAACAGAUGUAUGGUGGUACACAAGGCUCAAUCGUUAACCGUUUCAGGAAGGAACUGCCCAUCAUCCAAAGAAAAUGAUGUUAAAGAAGUGAAGCCACCACUACCAAAUUUGGACUUUAUAAAAGAAGAGCCCAUUGAUGAGGAGUACAAUCAGAAUCUGUCAUCCUCCAUAUCCACAGAAAACAUCAAGGACGAGCCUAAUAGGGUGAAGGAGGAAUUGAAGAUUGGUUCAGUCUUUUCCUUGAAGGGAGACACACUCUCCCACUCGCCCACUCUCACCCACAUGGAUUUGCCUGCGUCUUGCUCCAGCUGCAAAAAGGUCCUGAUGGACGGAGAGACAGUUUAUCAGAGGAAGCUCCAUGCAGAUAUCUUCUGCUCCACCCCAUGCCUUUUGAAAUUUUACCAAAUUAAACAAGUUAGGAAGACCUGCCACUUCUGCCUUCAGGCAAUAACAAAGAAUGAGGACGUCCUUCCGGCCCCGGUGGAUACUGACGGCACAAUGAAGGAUUUCUGCAGCCAGACCUGCCUGUCCUCCUUCAACUACAAGAGAAUCAUGUCCACCAAAAUUCCCAUCGCACCAGUCGCGUCACAGUCACAAUGCAGCAUGUGCAGCAGAUAUUGCAUUAGCAAACAUGAAAUCAUACAGCAAGACGUCGUCCAUAAGAUCUGCAGUGAUCCCUGUUUUCUCCGCUUCUGCAACAUGAACAACCUGUCCGUCUGUGAGAACUGUCGCUCCAGCAGCAACAGACCCCUCAGUCUCAAGAUGGAAGAUGGCAGAAAGAAACUCUGCAAUGCAGAGUGUCUGGCUCAGUUCAAGCGGAAAAUCACAACACCACAGCCGUGUGCCAUGUGCUGCACUUCCCAUUUAAUGUCCGACAUGGUUGAAAACAAAAACGGUGACGGCACAGUGGAGCUCUUCUGUUCGAGCAGUUGUGUUAUGGCAUCCAAGAUCCAGGCUGUCAGUGCAUCAGGUAUUCCAUUGAAUUGUGACAACAACUGUGGUAAGACUACAUUACCAGCCUGCCACCUCGCCAUGUCAGAUGCGUCCAUCAGAAACUUUUGCACUCUCACCUGUGCCAUGGCGUUUAAGGAGUCCCAGAAAGACAUGAAGUCUGCCACUAGCCCAACAGGAGCCCCCGACCAAACCCAGUGUGAUUUCCUCAAACCACCAGGGAAACUGCCGUGCGCUCAGUGUCGACGCAUCAUAAAAGCUGCGCCCCAAGUCGUACAGAAAAAGGGCAAAAUGAAUUUUGUGUGUAGCCUGGCCUGUUCUCAAGAGUUUAAGAGGAUCAACAACAUCAUGGGCAAGUGUGAAUAUUGUAAGAAUGAAAGGAUCAUCACAGACGCCAAGAGGGUCGACGGCAAAGACUGCUACUUCUGCAGUGACGGCUGUAAGAUGCUCUUUCAACAUGAUCUGGAAAAGCAGUGGGGGGAACACUGUAGCUCGUGUGCCUACUGCCUCUCCAUCUCUCAGACGGUGGUGACGGCACAGUUUAAAGGCACUAAAGAGGAGUUCUGCUCUGAAGAGUGUAGCUCAAAUUACCAAAUGCUCUUCUGCCAUAUUGCCAAGUGUGACACCUGUGGUCACGAAGGGAAACUGAGGCAGAGUCUUCCCAUGCUGGGAGAGGUCAAACACUUCUGUGACCUGAAAUGUCUCCUACAUUUCUGCAACAAAAAGGUCCAGAUGGUCAACGCUGUCUCUUCACCUCCUGGAUCUGCAGGCGCAACAGAGUCUUCCCCGGUCAUCGCUAACGUUAUCUCACUUGCUGGUGCUUUGGCCAGGCAGCCCAGUGCCUCUGCCAGCUCUGCACUGCAUGUUUCUCUCCCAGACAUUCAAACAAAGGUUGUUGGACAUGCCAGUAUUCAAACAGUGCCCAAGGAACUGAAGAACAAGUCCAUGCUUUGCACACCGCUGGUUCACAACAAAGGAGUCUCCUGUACAACACAGACUGUCGACACAGAAGCACAGACAGACAACUUUGAACCCACAGUCAUAGUCCUGCCUGUACCGGUGCCGAUGUAUGUCCCUUUGCCUAUGAACAUGUACAGCCAGUACACACCAAAGCCAGUGGGCCUGCCCUUACCGCUUCCUGUGCCCAUUUUUCUCCCCGUGACGCCAGACAACGCUGACCCAACUGUGAAAUCCAUGAAGGAGAGCAUCCAGCCUGACCCUAUCAAGGGAGAGCUCAACUUAAAGUCUGAGAAGAAGAAAACGCAAGAUAAGAGGAACGAGAGCGAAGACAGGCAAAAGGAGAGAGUGCUGACAAAAGAGGGACAAAGACAGGAAAUUCGCACUCCAAAGGAGCACACCAUUAACUAUAGUGACCUUGAUAAAGAUCGUGAGGCCACUCUGAACAGCCGGGAAGACUCGCACAACCAUGAAAAACCACCUCCCGUUUUAGAAGUGGGAAUGCCCGUUGAGCCUCAGCCUGAGAUCCUACCUCCUGCUCCUCCUCUUGCUCUGGAGAUGAGAGAGGAACCCCAGAGCCCACCUAACCCUGCACCGGCACCUCCUCUAGUACAACAACCUGUGGGGAAAGUCCACAACAAGAGAAGGCUGCAACAGUUUACCAAGGCGGCUAAAAAGAAGACAUCUCAAAGAGGCUUUUCCAAGACCGUGUCCAGGAAGCACCACAAACUGAAUAGCCAAAGUGGAAUUGACGCCUGGAAGAGAUGGGUACAAUGGAGGAAAUCACAAACCAACCUGGACCUUGUUUCCUCACAUGCCGUGACAUUAAAGGACGAUGUUCUUCACUGCUCUGCUGCCGAGCUGAGCAGCGGCCUUUGUUGUUUCAUCACUGAGGUGAAACAACCCGAUGGAGAGCCGUACUCCCCUGACGGCCUGUUCUACCUCUGUCUCGGUAUACAAAAGUACCUGUUUGGGAACAGUCGUAUGGAGAACAUAUUCAGUGAUCAGAUGUACAACAAGUUUUCCACUGAGUUCACCAAGAUCCUGAAAGGUUUCAAACCCUCAAUCGCAGCCAGCGGUUACAUCCAUUCCCAUGUGGAGGAGGAGUUCCUGUGGGACUGUAAACAGUUGGGGGCGUACUCACCCAUUGUCCUCCUCAACAGUCUGCUCUUUUUCUGCUGCAAGUACUUUGGCUUCACCACGGUGGAGCAGCACCGCCAGCUGUCCUUCGCCCACAUCGUGAACUGCAACAAAACCAACGAGAAUAACACCAAGACCACUUUCCUGCGCUUCUGCCGAUCAAUAUCAAUAAACGAGUCAGAUGCAGACGGCGUCCCAGCUAAGAAGCGUAAGAAACGUGAGAGUAAAGAGGAAGUGCUGGAGAUGACGGAGAACACGGAGAACUUUCUCCGCUGUCCAGUCAGACUCUACGAGUUCUACCUCUCCAAGUGCUCAGAGUCGGUGAAGCAGCGCACAGACUUGUUCUACCUUCAGCCAGAUCCUGGUUGUAUUCCCAGCAGCCGUCUGUGGUUCUCCUCCACCCCUCUGGACAACAGCACCAUGGAAGCCAUGCUUGUACGAAUCCUCGCCACCCGAGAGCUGCAGGGGGGAGGUGGAAGAGGUGUGGACCAGCAGGCGCCGGAUGAUGCGCUGUUUAUAUCUGAGGAGGAUUCAAAAUGAUGGCUGGCAGUUUUGUUGUUUUUGUUGAACUGUGUUUAAAUCUGGUUUAUCAUGUUGCAUUAAAAAAUUUAUAAAUUGUUCAGAGAAAUACAUUCCAUCAAACAGAAAUAUAGAAAUUAAGUCCCUCAAACUCACGUAAAAUGAAUUGAUCUACAAAUAAGACUCAGUUCAUCUGCAUGUUUUGAUGAAAUCAUGCAAGGUUAAAUGUUUUGUUAAAUACUGAACGCUCACAUCCAUGUUCUGUGAUUGCUUUAAUCUCUUACAUUAAAUAAACAGCCUUUAUUUACUUACAUUACACCCAUCUUAUUAAGAAAAUGAAGUAGCAUAACACUACAGAUAAGUCUAAAAUAUUUCUGUGAAAUCAUCCCUUGAUGUCUCAUCAACUUUAACAGAUGAAGAAAAAAGUUAACUGCUCAUAUAAACGGUUUGUCAAGUCUUUGGUUUGUUGAAUGUUGAUGCUUUCAGUUCUGACCUGAGAUUUAGUUAUUUUUUAUUUUUGAUAAAUAAAAAUACUGAAAAGUAA